CGUCCCUGUAUACGUGCAGCAAAAGGUGAAGUCUCGUGAAAGGAACGACAGACUUGCGUCUCGCGCGUCCUGCGCGUGUGGAUGCGAGUUCAUCAUCAUCAGUCGUUUCAGAGUAACAAAAUAAAUAAAAAUUGAAUAAAAAAGAGACAAAUCGAGUUGAAAUUUUGUUGCGUCAGUAAUCUCAGAAUGUGACGACAAAAAGAGAUACGUAGUGAGUGAACCCGUAUUAGGGACAGGAAGUGUGGGCGGGGGACGAAAAUAUCUUGCGCAUCACAGCGAGGAUGUACGGGACAUACGCUGCUGUUGGCUCUGGUGCCACAGCUACUGGGGUUCUGGGAUGGAUCGCCCUUUAUUACCUAUUCACUGGCCAUGGACAUGACAUCGACUUUGGCUGGUUCCUGGAGAAUACAUCGCCUCACAUGUGGGCUGGCAUAGGUGUUGGCCUAGCAGUGGCCUUGUCCGUCGUUGGAGCAGCUUUGGGAAUUUACACCACCGGAGUGUCCAUCAUGGGAGCAGGUGUGAGAGCCCCGCGCAUCAAGACCAAGAACUUGAUUUCCAUCAUUUUUUGCGAAGCUGUGGCUAUCUAUGGACUCAUCAUCGCCAUCGUCAUUUCCGGCAUGCUUGAGAAUUUCUCGGAAGCGAAAAUCCUGAGCGACGAUCGCGUGAAACGUGAGAACUGGUUGGCGGGUUAUGCCAUGUUCGGAGCCGGAAUAACUGUCGGUUUGGGAAAUCUUUUCUGUGGAAUAUCUGUGGGAGUAGUUGGCUCUGGAGCUGCCUUGUCCGACGCUGCAAACCCGAAUCUUUUUGUCAAAAUUCUCAUUGUGGAAAUCUUCGGCAGUGCCAUCGGCCUUUUUGGCCUCAUUGUUGCAAUUCUUCAGCUUUCUCACGUGAAAAUGGGAGACAAAGUCUAACAAAGCAACAUGACCGUAUAGACUACUACACAUCAACGAAAGGGAAUCAUCCAAUUUCUGGAAAGCUGGGAAAAAUUCCGAGGGAAAAGUGUUCUUGCAGAUGACCCAUUUGGGAUUCUGGGUUGUCUGUGAUUUCACUUUAUUCGUCAAUUUUUAAGCUUACCAUGUUUACUUGAAGGAUAAGGCGCGAUUAAUCACACGACAAUUUUGAAUGCAGAUAUCGCACGUUAAUUCAUCGGAUUACAUUUCUUGAAAGUCUUCUUUUUAGAUGUCUACAGCUUAAUUUCCUCUGACCAACUACAUCACCCAAAAUUUGGAUUCCAACUCAAUCCACCUGAGAAUUUGGCAAAGAAUUUGCUUACUUGAAUUUCGUGCUGUUUCGUAUUGAAAAUUCUAAUGGACAUGAUAAUUUUGAAUGCGAAGAUCGCGAAGACGCCCAUCAAAUUGAUGCUUCUUAACUUUCUGGAGGAAUUGAAUUUAAUGCGCAAACAAAAUUUUAUAAGUCGUAAUUUCAAGCAAUUUUUACUUCAAAAAGGCGCCUUGCAUGUGAGUGAAUCCGUUACUGUCUUCUUUUGGCAAUCACUAUCGAAAUAUCAUGUCUUGGAAAGAUCUUUGGGUGAGGGACAUUUUUGCGCAAUAUUUAUUUUAUGCACUUGUCACAGGUAAAAAAAAAAUGACCUUCGAAUGGAAAAAAAUAGUCGCGAUUGUAGUUAGUUCAAGUCUUGUGUACAGGGAAGUGAACGAGAUUGUAUGUGCCCGGUUGAAUGCUUUUCAUAACUCCUUAUACUGUCUUUUUUUUCCCUGUGUGCUCACGCUAUGGUUUCACUUUCUUUGGGUUCAGUUCCCACACCGCUGAAAUAAACGAAACUUUGUCAUGAAAUAGCUAAA